AUGAGUCGUCCGUUUAACAAGGUCGUCGUCGUCGGGGCCGGCCCCUCCGGCCUGCUUCUCGCCCUGCUCCUCUCCAAACACGGUAUCGCGGUUCAUAUACUCGAGGCCCAAGAUCAUCUCGACCAGCAACCCCGCGCCGCCCACUAUGGACCCGCCGCCAUGCCCGAACUCAUCCGCGCGGGGGUCCUAGCAGAAGUCCGCCGCCGUGGGAUGACGACGAGCCAGUUUGUCUGGCGGCGCUUCGGGGAUCACAGUGUCAUCACGGGCUUCGAUUCGACCGUCCUCCGCGAUGUCGACGGCGAGGAUCUACGACCGACGUGCCUCGUACUGCAGGAGCUCGACCAGAUCAUGCUCGACGAGUUCUUGGGGAAGUACAACGGGGCCAUCAGCUGGCAGCACCGCGUGGUCGGACUGGGACAAGACGACGACCGUGCCUGGGUCGACGUCGAGACACCCGGCGGCAAGAAGCGGGUCGAGGCCGACUACAUCAUCGGCUGCGACGGGGCCAACAGCGCCGUGCGCAAGGGGCUCUUCGGGGACGAGUACCCCGGCUGGACGUGGGACCAGCAAAUCGUCGCGACGAACACCUAUUACGACUUCGCGGGCAAGUUCGGGUGGCACGACGCCAACUUCGUCAUCCACCCGGAGCACUUCUUCAUGGCGGCCAGGAUCACGGCGGACGGGCUGUACCGCGUCACGUACGGCGAGGAGCCGAACCUCUCGCACGACGAGCUCAGGGCGCGCCGGCGGGAGAAGUUCAAAACCAUGCUGCCAGGGCACCCCGGGCCCGACGAGUACGAGGUCGUCAACUUUGCGCCGUACAAGAUGCACCAGCGCUGCGCCCCGCGGUUCCGGGCCGGGCGCUUCAUGCUGGCCGCCGACGCCGCCCACCUGUGCAACCCCUGGGGCGGGCUCGGCAUCACCGGGGGGUUCGUGGACGUCGGCGGCCUGUACGACUGCCUGGCGGGGAUCUGGGACGGGGCGGCGGACGAGGGCAUCCUCGAUCUGUACUGCGAGAAGAGGAGGGAGAAGUGGAGGACGGUCAUCGAUCCGAUCUCGCAGGAGAACUUCCGGAGGGUCUCGGACUCGGACCCUGCGACGCGGCUAGAGAGGGACGGGUUUCUGCAGAUGUGUCAGCGAGCCGAGAGGGAUUCGGACCUCAUGCGGGAGUUGAUGAUGGGCACUUUUGACGUACGGUAUGACUUUACGCAACACUACGAGAAAGUCAAUGGGCACAAAUUGAAUGGUGGUUGA